AUGGCUGCUCGUGCACACGAUGCAGCUGCCUUUGCCUUAAGAGGGGAAUCGGCCAAUUUCAAUUUCCCUGACUUAAUACAUUCUAUUCCUUGCCCUUCAACUUCAUCUGCAACAGACAUUCAGGCGGCUGCAGUCGAAGCUGCAUAUUUUUAUGCUCAACAGCCAGUGGAACAAGAAGCACCACAGCUAUGCUCUAACACCAAGAAUGAUGAUGGUUUUAUAGACCCAGAGGUGUUUCCACAAAAUCAAUCUCAAUUAAUUAAUCCUGCAGUGAACCAAAUGGACAAGAAUGUGAUGUUGGAUUCAUGGCUGGAUUGGCCAAACUUGCUAAUGAACAUUGCAGAUGGCGUGCUGAUUGGAUCAUCUCUCCUAUUUGGUAACCCCAUGACUAGAGAAGAAGAUCGAGAUGACCAAUUUACAUCACUUUGGGAUUUCACUUAG